AUGUCCUCACCUCUGCGCUGCACUGCAUCAGAGGACAGAUCCAGUGGAUGUCAUCCAGUUUGUGCAGCUCUGCGCUCAGAGAGUUCAGAGUGGUCCUCAGCUCCUCCUCCUCCUCACACCGAGACUGCAACAACACCAGACAGUUACGGUCUCCUCUGUGGAUCUAAACCCACCUCAGCUCCUCCUCACACUGAGACUGCAACAACACCAGACAGUUACGGUCUCCUCUGUGGAUCUAAACCCACCUCAGCUCCUCCUCACACUGAGACUGCAACAACACCAGACAGUUACGGUCUCCUCUGUGGAGCUAAACCCACCUCAGCUCCUCCUCCUCCUCACACUGAGACUGCAACAACACCAGACAGUUACGGUCUCCUCUGUGGAGCUAAACCCACCUCAGCUCCUCCUCCUCCUCACACUGAGACUGCAACAACACCAGACAGUUACGGUCUCCUCUGUGGAGCUAAACCCACCUCAGCUCCUCCUCACACCGAGACUGCAACAACACCAGACAGUUACGGUCUCCUCUGUGGAUCUAAACCCACCUCAGCUCCUCCUCACACUGAGACUGCAACAACACCAGACAGUUACGGUCUCCUCUGUGGAGCUAAACCCACCUCAGCUCCUCCUCCUCCUCACACUGAGACUGCAACAACACCAGACAGUUACGGUCUCCUCUGUGGAUCUAAACCCACCUCAGCUCCUCCUCACACUGAGACUGCAACAACACCAGACAGUUACGGUCUCCUCUGUGGAGCUAAACCCACCUCAGCUCCUCCUCACACUGAGACUGCAACAACACCAGACAAUUACGGUCUCCUCUGUGGAUCUAAACCCACCUCAGCUCCUCCUCCUCCUCACACUGAGACUGCAACAACACCAGACAGUUACGGUCUCCUCUGUGGAGCUAAACCCACCUCAGCUCCUCCUCCUCCUCACACUGAGACUGCAACAACACCAGACAGUUACGGUCUCCUCUGUGGAGCUAAACCCACCUCAGCUCCUCCUCCUCCUCACACUGAGACUGCAACAACACCAGACAGUUACGGUCUCCUCUGUGGAGCUAAACCCACCUCAGCUCCUCCUCCUCCUCACACUGAGACUGCAACAACACCAGACAGUUACGGUCUCCUCUGUGGAGCUAAACCCACCUCAGCUCCUCCUCACACCGAGACUGCAACAACACCAGACAGUUACGGUCUCCUCUGUGGAUCUAAACCCACCUCAGCUCCUCCUCACACUGAGACUGCAACAACACCAGACAGUUACGGUCUCCUCUGUGGAGCUAAACCCACCUCAGCUCCUCCUCCUCCUCACACUGAGACUGCAACAACACCAGACAGUUACGGUCUCCUCUGUGGAGCUAAACCCACCUCAGCUCCUCCUCCUCCUCACACUGAGACUGCAACAACACCAGACAGUUACGGUCUCCUCUGUGGAUCUAAACCCACCUCAGCUCCUCCUCACACUGAGACUGCAACAACACCAGACAGUUACGGUCUCCUCUGUGGAGCUAAACCCACCUCAGCUCCUCCUCCUCCUCACACUGAGACUGCAACAACACCAGACAGUUACGGUCUCCUCUGUGGAGCUAAACCCACCUCAGCUCCUCCUCCUCCUCACACCGAGACUGCAACAACACCAGACAGUUACGGUCUCCUCUGUGGAUCUAAACCCACCUCAGCUCCUCCUCCUCCUCACACUGAGACUGCAACAACACCAGACAGUUACGGUCUCCUCUGUGGAGCUAAACCCACCUCAGCUCCUCCUCCUCCUCACACUGAGACUGCAACAACACCAGACAGUUACGGUCUCCUCUGUGGAGCUAAACCCACCUCAGCUCCUCCUCCUCCUCACACUGAGACUGCAACAACACCAGACAGUUACGGCCUCCUCUGUGAAGCUAAACCCACCUCAGCUCCUCCUCACACUGAGACUGCAACAACACCAGACAGUUACGGUCUCCUCUGUGGAUCUAAACCCACCUCAGCUCCUCCUCCUCCUCACACCGAGACUGCAACAACACCAGACAGUUACGGUCUCCUCUGUGGAUCUAAACCCACCUCAGCUCCUCCUCUUCCUCACACUGAGACUGCAACAACACCAGACAGUUACGGUCUCCUCUGUGGAGCUAAACCCACCUCAGCUCCUCCUCCUCCUCACACUGAGACUGCAACAACACCAGACAGUUACGGUCUCCUCUGUGGAUCUAAACCCACCUCAGCUCCUCCUCCUCCUCACACUGAGACUGCAACAACACCAGACAGUUACGGUCUCCUCUGUGGAGCUAAACCCACCUCAGCUCCUCCUCACACUGAGACUGCAACAACACCAGACAGUUACGGUCUCCUCUGUGGAGCUAAACCCACCUCAGCUCCUCCUCCUCCUCACACUGAGACUGCAACAACACCAGACAGUUACGGUCUCCUCUGUGGAGCUAAACCCACCUCAGCUCCUCCUCACACCGAGACUGCAACAACACCAGACAGUUACGGUCUCCUCUGUGGAUCUAAACCCACCUCAGCUCCUCCUCACACUGAGACUGCAACAACACCAGACAGUUACGGUCUCCUCUGUGGAUCUAAACCCACCUCAGCUCCUCCUCCUCCUCACACUGAGACUGCAACAACACCAGACAGUUACGGUCUCCUCUGUGGAGCUAAACCCACCUCAGCUCCUCCUCACACCGAGACUGCAACAACACCAGACAGUUACGGUCUCCUCUGUGGAUCUAAACCCACCUCAGCUCCUCCUCUUCCUCACACUGAGACUGCAACAACACCAGACAGUUACGGUCUCCUCUGUGGAGCUAAACCCACCUCAGCUCCUCCUCCUCCUCACACUGAGACUGCAACAACACCAGACAGUUACGGUCUCCUCUGUGGAGCUAAACCCACCUCAGCUCCUCCUCUUCCUCACACUGAGACUGCAACAACACCAGACAGUUACGGUCUCCUCUGUGGAGCUAAACCCACCUCAGCUCCUCCUCACACUGAGACUGCAACAACACCAGACAGUUACGGUCUCCUCUGUGGAGCUAAACCCACCUCAGCUCCUCCUCACACUGAGACUGCAACAACACCAGACAGUUACGGUCUCCUCUGUGGAGCUAAACCCACCUCAGCUCCUCCUCCUCACACUGAGACUGCAACAACACCAGACAGUUACGGCCUCCUCUGUGAAGCUAAACCCACCUCAGCUCCUCCUCCUCCUCACACCGAGACUGCAACAACACCAGACAGUUACGGUCUCCUCUGUGGAGCUAAACCCACCUCAGCUCCUCCUCUUCCUCACACUGAGACUGCAACAACACCAGACAGUUACGGUCUCCUCUGUGGAGCUAAACCCACCUCAGCUCCUCCUCCUCCUCACACCGAGACUGCAACAACACCAGACAGUUACGGUCUCCUCUGUGGAUCUAAACCCACCUCAGCUCCUCCUCCUCCUCACACUGAGACUGCAACAACACCAGACAGUUACGGUCUCCUCUGUGGAGCUAAACCCACCUCAGCUCCUCCUCCUCCUCACACUGAGACUGCAACAACACCAGACAGUUACGGUCUCCUCUGUGGAGCUAAACCCACCUCAGCUCCUCCUCCUCCUCACACUGAGACUGCAACAACACCAGACAGUUACGGUCUCCUCUGUGGAGCUAAACCCACCUCAGCUCCUCCUCCUCCUCACACCGAGACUGCAACAACACCAGACAGUUACGGUCUCCUCUGUGGAGCUAAACCCACCUCAGCUCCUCCUCACACCGAGACUGCAACAACACCAGACAGUUACGGUCUCCUCUGUGGAGCUAAACCCACCUCAGCUCCUCCUCCUCCUCACACUGAGACUGCAACAACACCAGACAGUUACGGUCUCCUCUGUGGAGCUAAACCCACCUCAGCUCCUCCUCCUCCUCACACUGAGACUGCAACAACACCAGACAGUUACGGUCUCCUCUGUGGAUCUAAACCCACCUCAGCUCCUCCUCACACUGAGACUGCAACAACACCAGACAGUUACGGUCUCCUCUGUGGAGCUAAACCCACCUCAGCUCCUCCUCCUCCUCACACUGAGACUGCAACAACACCAGACAGUUACGGUCUCCUCUGUGGAGCUAAACCCACCUCAGCUCCUCCUCCUCCUCACACUGAGACUGCAACAACACCAGACAGUUACGGUCUCCUCUGUGGAGCUAAACCCACCUCAGCUCCUCCUCUUCCUCACACUGAGACUGCAACAACACCAGACAGUUACGGUCUCCUCUGUGGAUCUAAACCCACCUCAGCUCCUCCUCACACUGAGACUGCAACAACACCAGACAGUUACGGUCUCCUCUGUGGAGCUAAACCCACCUCAGCUCCUCCUCCUCCUCACACCGAGACUGCAACAACACCAGACAGUUACGGUCUCCUCUGUGGAUCUAAACCCACCUCAGCUCCUCCUCCUCCUCACACUGAGACUGCAACAACACCAGACAGUUACGGUCUCCUCUGUGGAGCUAAACCCACCUCAGCUCCUCCUCCUCCUCACACUGAGACUGCAACAACACCAGACAGUUACGGUCUCCUCUGUGAAGCUAAACCCACCUCAGCUCCUCCUCACACCGAGACUGCAACAACACCAGACAGUUACGGUCUCCUCUGUGGAUCUAAACCCACCUCAGCUCCUCCUCACACUGAGACUGCAACAACACCAGACAGUUACGGUCUCCUCUGUGGAGCUAAACCCACCUCAGCUCCUCCUCCUCCUCACACUGAGACUGCAACAACACCAGACAGUUACGGCCUCCUCUGUGAAGCUAAACCCACCUCAGCUCCUCCUCACACUGAGACUGCAACAACACCAGACAGUUACGGUCUCCUCUGUGGAUCUAAACCCACCUCAGCUCCUCCUCCUCCUCACACCGAGACUGCAACAACACCAGACAGUUACGGUCUCCUCUGUGGAUCUAAACCCACCUCAGCUCCUCCUCCUCCUCACACUGAGACUGCAACAACACCAGACAGUUACGGUCUCCUCUGUGGAUCUAAACCCACCUCAGCUCCUCCUCACACUGAGACUGCAACAACACCAGACAGUUACGUUACGGUCUCCUCUGUGGAGCUAAACCCACCUCAGCUCCUCCUCACACCGAGACUGCAACAACACCAGACAGUUACGGUCUCCUCUGUGGAUCUAAACCCACCUCAGCUCCUCCUCACACUGAGACUGCAACAACACCAGACAGUUACGGUCUCCUCUGUGGAGCUAAACCCACCUCAGCUCCUCCUCCUCCUCACACUGAGACUGCAACAACACCAGACAGUUACGGUCUCCUCUGUGGAUCUAAACCCAUCUCAGCUCCUCUUCCUCCUCACACUGAGACUGCAACAACACCAGACAGUUACGGUCUCCUCUGUGGAGCUAAACCCACCUCAGCUCCUCCUCACACUGAGACUGCAACAACACCAGACAGUUACGGUCUCCUCUGUGGAGCUAAACCCACCUCAGCUCCUCCUCACACCGAGACUGCAACAACACCAGACAGUUACGGUCUCCUCUGUGGAGCUAAACCCACCUCAGCUCCUCCUCCUCCUCACACCGAGACUGCAACAACACCAGACAAUUACGGUCUCCUCUGUGGAUCUAAACCCACCUCAGCUCCUCCUCUUCCUCACACUGAGACUGCAACAACACCAGACAGUUACGGUCUCCUCUGUGGAGCUAAACCCACCUCAGCUCCUCCUCCUCCUCACACUGAGACUGCAACAACACCAGACAGUUACGGUCUCCUCUGUGGAUCUAAACCCACCUCAGCUCCUCCUCACACCGAGACUGCAACAACACCAGACAGUUACGGUCUCCUCUGUGGAUCUAAACCCACCUCAGCUCCUCCUCACACUGAGACUGCAACAACACCAGACAGUUACGGUCUCCUCUGUGGAGCUAAACCCACCUCAGCUCCUCCUCCUCCUCACACUGAGACUGCAACAACACCAGACAGUUACGGCCUCCUCUGUGAAGCUAAACCCACCUCAGCUCCUCCUCACACUGAGACUGCAACAACACCAGACAGUUACGGUCUCCUCUGUGGAUCUAAACCCACCUCAGCUCCUCCUCCUCCUCACACCGAGACUGCAACAACACCAGACAGUUACGGUCUCCUCUGUGGAGCUAAACCCACCUCAGCUCCUCCUCCUCCUCACACUGAGACUGCAACAACACCAGACAGUUACGGUCUCCUCUGUGGAGCUAAACCCACCUCAGCUCCUCCUCACACUGAGACUGCAACAACACCAGACAGUUACGGUCUCCUCUGUGGAGCUAAACCCACCUCAGCUCCUCCUCACACUGAGACUGCAACAACACCAGACAGUUACGGUCUCCUCUGUGGAGCUAAACCCACCUCAGCUCCUCCUCACACCGAGACUGCAACAACACCAGACAGUUACGGUCUCCUCUGUGGAUCUAAACCCACCUCAGCUCCUCCUCACACUGAGACUGCAACAACACCAGACAGUUACGGUCUCCUCUGUGGAGCUAAACCCACCUCAGCUCCUCCUCCUCCUCACACUGAGACUGCAACAACACCAGACAGUUACGGUCUCCUCUGUGGAUCUAAACCCACCUCAGCUCCUCUUCCUCCUCACACUGAGACUGCAACAACACCAGACAGUUACGGUCUCCUCUGUGGAGCUAAACCCACCUCAGCUCCUCCUCACACUGAGACUGCAACAACACCAGACAGUUACGGUCUCCUCUGUGGAGCUAAACCCACCUCAGCUCCUCCUCACACCGAGACUGCAACAACACCAGACAGUUACGGUCUCCUCUGUGGAGCUAAACCCACCUCAGCUCCUCCUCCUCCUCACACCGAGACUGCAACAACACCAGACAAUUACGGUCUCCUCUGUGGAUCUAAACCCACCUCAGCUCCUCCUCUUCCUCACACUGAGACUGCAACAACACCAGACAGUUACGGUCUCCUCUGUGGAGCUAAACCCACCUCAGCUCCUCCUCCUCCUCACACUGAGACUGCAACAACACCAGACAGUUACGGUCUCCUCUGUGGAUCUAAACCCACCUCAGCUCCUCCUCACACCGAGACUGCAACAACACCAGACAGUUACGGUCUCCUCUGUGGAUCUAAACCCACCUCAGCUCCUCCUCACACUGAGACUGCAACAACACCAGACAGUUACGGUCUCCUCUGUGGAGCUAAACCCACCUCAGCUCCUCCUCCUCCUCACACUGAGACUGCAACAACACCAGACAGUUACGGUCUCCUCUGUGGAGCUAAACCCACCUCAGCUCCUCCUCCUCCUCACACUGAGACUGCAACAACACCAGACAGUUACGGCCUCCUCUGUGAAGCUAAACCCACCUCAGCUCCUCCUCACACUGAGACUGCAACAACACCAGACAGUUACGGUCUCCUCUGUGGAUCUAAACCCACCUCAGCUCCUCCUCCUCCUCACACCGAGACUGCAACAACACCAGACAGUUACGGUCUCCUCUGUGGAUCUAAACCCACCUCAGCUCCUCCUCCUCCUCACACUGAGACUGCAACAACACCAGACAGUUACGGUCUCCUCUGUGGAGCUAAACCCACCUCAGCUCCUCCUCACACUGAGACUGCAACAACACCAGACAGUUACGGUCUCCUCUGUGGAGCUAAACCCACCUCAGCUCCUCCUCACACUGAGACUGCAACAACACCAGACAGUUACGGUCUCCUCUGUGGAGCUAAACCCACCUCAGCUCCUCCUCACACUGAGACUGCAACAACACCAGACAGUUACGGUCUCCUCUGUGGAGCUAAACCCACCUCAGCUCCUCCUCACACCGAGACUGCAACAACACCAGACAGUUACGGUCUCCUCUGUGGAUCUAAACCCACCUCAGCUCCUCCUCACACUGAGACUGCAACAACACCAGACAGUUACGGUCUCCUCUGUGGAGCUAAACCCACCUCAGCUCCUCCUCACACUGAGACUGCAACAACACCAGACAGUUACGGUCUCCUCUGUGGAUCUAAACCCACCUCAGCUCCUCCUCCUCCUCACACUGAGACUGCAACAACACCAGACAGUUACGGUCUCCUCUGUGGAGCUAAACCCACCUCAGCUCCUCCUCAAACCGAGACUGCAACAACACCAGACAGUUACGGUCUCCUCUGUGGAGCUAAACCCACCUCAGCUCCUCCUCCUCCUCACACCGAGACUGCAACAACACCAGACAAUUACGGUCUCCUCUGUGGAUCUAAACCCACCUCAGCUCCUCCUCUUCCUCACACUGAGACUGCAACAACACCAGACAGUUACGGUCUCCUCUGUGGAGCUAAACCCACCUCAGCUCCUCCUCCUCCUCACACUGAGACUGCAACAACACCAGACAGUUACGGUCUCCUCUGUGGAGCUAAACCCACCUCAGCUCCUCCUCUUCCUCACACUGAGACUGCAACAACACCAGACAGUUACGGUCUCCUCUGUGGAGCUAAACCCACCUCAGCUCCUCCUCACACUGAGACUGCAACAACACCAGACAGUUACGGUCUCCUCUGUGGAGCUAAACCCACCUCAGCUCCUCCUCACACUGAGACUGCAACAACACCAGACAGUUACGGUCUCCUCUGUGGAGCUAAACCCACCUCAGCUCCUCCUCCUCACACUGAGACUGCAACAACACCAGACAGUUACGGCCUCCUCUGUGAAGCUAAACCCACCUCAGCUCCUCCUCCUCCUCACACCGAGACUGCAACAACACCAGACAGUUACGGUCUCCUCUGUGGAGCUAAACCCACCUCAGCUCCUCCUCUUCCUCACACUGAGACUGCAACAACACCAGACAGUUACGGUCUCCUCUGUGGAGCUAAACCCACCUCAGCUCCUCCUCCUCCUCACACCGAGACUGCAACAACACCAGACAGUUACGGUCUCCUCUGUGGAUCUAAACCCACCUCAGCUCCUCCUCCUCCUCACACUGAGACUGCAACAACACCAGACAGUUACGGUCUCCUCUGUGGAGCUAAACCCACCUCAGCUCCUCCUCCUCCUCACACCGAGACUGCAACAACACCAGACAGUUACGGUCUCCUCUGUGGAGCUAAACCCACCUCAGCUCCUCCUCCUCCUCACACCGAGACUGCAACAACACCAGACAGUUACGGUCUCCUCUGUGGAGCUAAACCCACCUCAGCUCCUCCUCACACCGAGACUGCAACAACACCAGACAGUUACGGUCUCCUCUGUGGAGCUAAACCCACCUCAGCUCCUCCUCCUCCCUCACACUGAGACUGCAACAACACCAGACAGUUACGGUCUCCUCUGUGGAGCUAAACCCACCUCAGCUCCUCCUCCUCCUCACACUGAGACUGCAACAACACCAGACAGUUACGGUCUCCUCUGUGGAUCUAAACCCACCUCAGCUCCUCCUCACACUGAGACUGCAACAACACCAGACAGUUACGGUCUCCUCUGUGGAGCUAAACCCACCUCAGCUCCUCCUCCUCCUCACACUGAGACUGCAACAACACCAGACAGUUACGGUCUCCUCUGUGGAGCUAAACCCACCUCAGCUCCUCCUCCUCCUCACACUGAGACUGCAACAACACCAGACAGUUACGGUCUCCUCUGUGGAGCUAAACCCACCUCAGCUCCUCCUCUUCCUCACACUGAGACUGCAACAACACCAGACAGUUACGGUCUCCUCUGUGGAGCUAAACCCACCUCAGCUCCUCCUCACACUGAGACUGCAACAACACCAGACAGUUACGGUCUCCUCUGUGGAGCUAAACCCACCUCAGCUCCUCCUCCUCCUCACACCGAGACUGCAACAACACCAGACAAUUACGGUCUCCUCUGUGGAUCUAAACCCACCUCAGCUCCUCCUCUUCCUCACACUGAGACUGCAACAACACCAGACAGUUACGGUCUCCUCUGUGGAGCUAAACCCACCUCAGCUCCUCCUCCUCCUCACACUGAGACUGCAACAACACCAGACAGUUACGGUCUCCUCUGUGGAGCUAAACCCACCUCAGCUCCUCCUCUUCCUCACACUGAGACUGCAACAACACCAGACAGUUACGGUCUCCUCUGUGGAGCUAAACCCACCUCAGCUCCUCCUCACACUGAGACUGCAACAACACCAGACAGUUACGGUCUCCUCUGUGGAGCUAAACCCACCUCAGCUCCUCCUCACACCGAGACUGCAACAACACCAGACAGUUACGGUCUCCUCUGUGGAGCUAAACCCACCUCAGCUCCUCCUCCUCCUCACACCGAGACUGCAACAACACCAGACAAUUACGGUCUCCUCUGUGGAUCUAAACCCACCUCAGCUCCUCCUCUUCCUCACACUGAGACUGCAACAACACCAGACAGUUACGGUCUCCUCUGUGGAGCUAAACCCACCUCAGCUCCUCCUCCUCCUCACACUGAGACUGCAACAACACCAGACAGUUACGGUCUCCUCUGUGGAGCUAAACCCACCUCAGCUCCUCCUCCUCCUCACACUGAGACUGCAACAACACCAGACAGUUACGGUCUCCUCUGUGGAGCUAAACCCACCUCAGCUCCUCCUCUUCCUCACACUGAGACUGCAACAACACCAGACAGUUACGGUCUCCUCUGUGGAGCUAAACCCACCUCAGCUCCUCCUCACACUGAGACUGCAACAACACCAGACAGUUACGGUCUCCUCUGUGGAUCUAAACCCACCUCAGCUCCUCCUCACACUGAGACUGCAACAACACCAGACAGUUACGGUCUCCUCUGUGGAGCUAAACCCACCUCAGCUCCACCUCACACUGAGACUGCAACAACACCAGACAGUUACGGUCUCCUCUGUGGAGCUAAACCCACCUCAGCUCCUCCUCCUCCUCACACCGAGACUGCAACAACACCAGACAGUUACGGUCUCCUCUGUGGAGCUAAACCCACCUCAGCUCCUCCUCACACUGAGACUGCAACAACACCAGACAGUUACGGUCUCCUCUGUGGAUCUAAACCCACCUCAGCUCCUCCUCACACUGAGACUGCAACAACACCAGACAGUUACGGUCUCCUCUGUGGAGCUAAACCCACCUCAGCUCCUCCUCCUCCUCACACUGAGACUGCAACAACACCAGACAGUUACGGUCUCCUCUGUGGAGCUAAACCCACCUCAGCUCCUCCUCCUCCUCACACUGAGAGACUGCAACAACACCAGACAGUUACGGUCUCCUCUGUGGAGCUAAACCCACCUCAGCUCCUCCUCCUCCUCACACUGAGACUGCAACAACACCAGACAGUUACGGUCUCCUCUGUGGAGCUAAACCCACCUCAGCUCCUCCUCCUCCUCACACCGAGACUGCAACAACACCAGACAGUUACGGUCUCCUCUGUGGAUCUAAACCCACCUCAGCUCCUCCUCCUCCUCACACUGAGACUGCAACAACACCAGACAGUUACGGUCUCCUCUGUGGAGCUAAACCCACCUCAGCUCCUCCUCUUCCGCACACUGAGACUGCAACAACACAAGACAGUUACGUGUGGAGCCACAGUCAGGAGCCACAGUCAGGAGCCACAGACAGGAGCCACAGUCAGGAGCCACAGUCAGGAGCCACAGACAGGAGCCACAGACAGGAGCCACAGACAGGAGCCACAGACAGGAGCCACAGACAGGAGCCACAGACAGGAGCCACAGACAGGAGCCACAGUCAGGAGCCACAGUCAGGAGCCACAGUCAGGAGCCACAGACAGGAGCCACAGACAGGAGCCACAGACAGGAGCCACAGACAGGAGCCACAGACAGGAGCCACAGACAGGAGCCACAGUCAGGAGCCACAGUCAGGAGCCACAGACAGGAGCCACAGACAGGAGCCACAGACAGGAGCCACAGACAGGAGCCACAGUCAGGAGCCACAGUCAGGAGCCACAGACAGGAGCCACAGACAGGAGCCACAGUCAGGAGCCACAGACAGGAGCCACAGUCAGGAGCCACAGUCAGGAGCCACAGUCAGGAGCCACAGUCAGGAGCCACAGACAGGAGCCACAGACAGGAGCCACAGACAGGAGCCACAGUCAGGAGCCACAGACAGGAGCCACAGUCAGGAGCCACAGUCAGGAGCCACAGACAGGAGCCACAGACAGGAGCCACAGACAGGAGCCACAGACAGGAGCCACAGACAGGAGCCACAGUCAGGAGCCACAGACAGGAGCCACAGUCAGGAGCCACAGACAGGAGCCACAGACAGGAGCCACAGACAGGAGCCUCAGACAGGAGCCACAGAUAGGAGCCACAGUCAGGAGCCACAGUCAGGAGCCACAGACAGGAGCCACAGACAGGAGCCACAGUCAGGAGCCACAGACAGGAGCCACAGUCAGGAGCCACAGUCAGGAGCCACAGUCAGGAGCCACAGUCAGGAGCCACAGACAGGAGCCACAGACAGGAGCCACAGUCAGUAGCCACAGACAGGAGCCACAGUCAGGAGCCACAGUCAGGAGCCACAGACAGGAGCUACAGACAGGAGCCACAGACAGGAGCCACAGACAGGAGCCACAGACAGGAGCCACAGUCAGGAGCCACAGACAGGAGCCACAGACAGGAGCCACAGACAGGAGCCACAGUCAGGAGCCACAGACAGGAGCCACAGUCAGGAGCCACAGACAGGAGCCACAGUCAGGAGCCACAGACAGGAGCCACAGACAGGAGCCACAGACAGGAGCCACAGACAGGAGCCACAGUCAGGAGCCACAGACAGGAGCCACAGUCAGGAGCCACAGACAGGAGCCUCAGACAGGAGCCACAGAUAGGAGCCACAGUCAGGAGCCACAGACUGGAGCCACAGACUGGAGCCACAGACAGGAGCCACAGACAGGAGCCACAGUCAGGAGCCUCAGACAGGAGCCACAGAUAGGAGCCACAGUCAGGAGCCACAGUCAGGAGCCACAGACAGGAGCCACAGACAGGAGCCACAGACAGGAGCCACAGACAGGAGCCACAGACAGGAGCCACAGUCAGGAGCCACAGACAGGAGCCACAGUCAGGAGCCACAGACAGGAGCCACAGUCAGGAGCUACAGACAGGAGCCCACAGACAGGAGCCACAGUCAGGAGCCACAGUCAGGAGCCACAGUCAGGAGCCACAGUCAGGAGCCACAGUCAGGAGCCACAGUCAGGAGCCACAGUCAGGAGCCACAGACAGGAGCCACAGACAGGAGCCACAGACAGGAGCCACAGACAGGAGCCACAGACAGAGCCACAGACAGGAGCCACAGACAGGAGCCACAGACAGGAGCCACAGACAGGAGCCACAGACAGGAGCCACAGACAGGAGCCACAGUCAGGAGCCACAGUCAGGAGCCACAGUCAGGAGCCACAGACAGGAGCCACAGACAGGAGCCACAGACAGGAGCCACAGACAGGAGCCACAGACAGGAGCCACAGUCAGGAGCCACAGUCAGGAGCCACAGACAGGAGCCACAGACAGGACAGGUCUCUCAGCGUCUCUUUGUCCUGA